AUGCAGGUAACCAACCUUCCCCUGCCAUUCCCCCCACCCCGACCUGGUCCUGCAGUGGUGCGAGAGCUGGAUGGCAUAAAGGAGGACAAGGAGAGGGCGAGGGGCGUGUACGCCCGGCGAGCCCUGCGCCUGCUGAGGGACGCCUUGACCAGCAGAGCUCCGUGGCUCCGAGCCCAGGGCGCGCACGAGAAGGCCGAGGUGACUGGGAGCAGUAGCAUCGGCAGCAGCAGUGGGGGUAGUGGUGCGUGUGGCCAGAGGCUUUCGGCUGAUGAUGCGGUGCUGUCCUGCUGCCUCUACUACCACCAGUUUGUUGCUCCUGGCGCUGUGGUGCUGCUUACUGGGGAUAUUGCACUGCAAGUCAAGGCACUUAUGGAAGGAGUGACCAUGGUUCACAAAGCGUCUGCUUUUGUGGCUGAGCGAGUGGGAUUUGCUCUAGCUGCUGCAAGGUAA